GAAAUACGUCAGUUAUGUGGGUUCUCUGAGGCUUGACUGUGUCUCUUAAUUUUCGGAUGAAGGGAAUGAGAGCGGGAGAGGAGAUUUUAAUCACUCCUGUCGCUUUAAGGACACUUAUUAAAGCCUUAUUAUGCGAAUAGAAAAUACCACGAGCUGCUGAGCAACUGAGCAGCCAGGGGACGGAUUGGAGUGGAUUUACAGGAAACUCAACACGAUCUAAACUGGAACAGACCGCUUCGUUGCCUUAUGGAGUUUGAUUACACACUGGAUGGUUGUCUUAUUCGGACGCUUCGGAUCAUUUAGGAAAUACUGCGCAUAAGUAGCUCUCUGACCUGGGAUCCUUUGCCACUGAAGCGCAGAGGGGAAUAUGGUUUAAAACUCAACGCGGACGGGAUUAUUCACUCAUCUGACAGCCACAAUCGAUACGUACUUGUUCGCCAGGCGUUUUGUUUCGGACGGAUAGUAUCUGGAGCUCUUUAUUUGACAGCCUUGAAUCAUGGAUUGGGGUGGUGGAAAACAACAACGGGCAGCGACAUGAUUUCUCUGCGCUGUCUGCGGUAUGCAGCGAGCUUAGGCUUUUACAUUGCUUCUUACUGUGCCGAUACGACAAAAGUUACAAAGCGAGUGUAAUGCGUGGAUUUUAACAGUUUCACCGUUUUGCACCUGCUUUCACGGAUACCGUCGACAUAGUGCAAAUUCGUGACAAAAUAACGUGUGGAUCCGUGCCAUUCUGCUUUCUCCCUAUCGCCCGUGUGGGAUACUUGAACAUUGCUUAUCGGUGGAGGUUUAUACUCAAGGUCAUUGAGUAUUAUGAGGCUGUAUUUGCCUUGUUAUUUACACACAUACAGCGCUAUCUUCACGUUAUAGCGCAGCCUACAAUUGUCAGUCCAGUGUGUGUUAGGCUAUUUGUCAUUACACGGUGCGUUUAGGCGAGCACCCGCUGUGGAGUUAUAUUUGUAUUUCUUUUUGACAUUGCAAGCUUUCUCUAACAACAUGGAUGGGAAAUUGAAGCAGGGUCGGAGAUGCCGGUCCAAGCGGGAGAGGGUGCGGAGGUUGCGUGAGGCAGGGAGCAGAGACGCCCGCAGCCCCGACCCCAACUCCUCCUGCUCCGACAGGGAGGGACACAGUCCGGAGAGGGACGCCGCCUCCCUGCCCGGUAAAAAGGCGCCGCACCCCGCAGCCGCCGCCAGAGCUCCGCGUCCCCCCCGGCGGAAGAGACGGGAGUCCAGCUCGCAGGAGGAGGAUAUUAUUGAUGGAUUUGCUAUCGCCAGUUUCAACAGCCUGGAUCGUCUGGAGAAGACCGGAGUUGUGAUGACACAGGAGAAGAAGGAGCGGUGGAAAGAGAAAAAGAUGGCGAAGCGGCAGAAGAAGGAAGACGAGGAGGUGGAAGAAGGAGAGGAGAAUGUCCAUUCAGUGGUGGAUCCCCUGGAGAACGGCUUCCUCCAUCACGCCCAGAGGGAGCAGGAGAGGAUGAACGAGAGGCUGCUGAAGAAGACUUACUCCAAGAAGAACAAAAUGAUCAAACCUUUGGCUCUACGUCCAGUGAAAGUCAGAGAGGAUGAGACGGUGCAGGAGCUCAGCCGACCACACAGGAGCAACUCCAAGGAGCAACUCAGUGAGAGUUCCACUCACUCGCUGUCAGGCCGCGGCUACUCGGUGCAGCCAGCAGCAGUGGCCAUCCUCAAGUGUGACAGCGAAAGUGACAUUGACGACAAGGUGUCUGAUGUAGGAUCAGAGAAGCUCUUUUCGCCUACCACACCCAAAGGUGUGCCAACGAAUGAGAGUCCUGAGUCCAAGACUUCUAGCUCAGCCAAAGUUUCAGGGCUCCAGCGCAGCCAGGAGCAGAGCAACAGUGAGGUGCCCUUUGCGCCUCCUGUGCCCAGCCCCACCCCGGCUUCGGCGCCUACGACCCCGCCACCUCUCAGUGUCAAGCAACAGCAGCAACCUCCACCCUCUGUCCCUACCCCUCCCCUGUUGAGGGCACCACCCCACCCCCAGUCCCACCCUCCUCACCCACACUCCCAUCCUCCUCACCCACACUCACUCCAGGAGCCCCGUGUUAUUCCUCCCCCACAGCACCACGCACGGCCAGGUAUCAGCCACCAGGUGCACCACCCUCUACAAUACAACAGCCUUCACGACAUCAGCCACAGCAGCAGUCCACUGGGUCUUCCCAAACAACACUUGCCCCCAUCCCCUCACCACCACCUCAGCGGGCUCCCAUCCUCAGCCCCCGCUUUGCCUCUGUCCAUAGCCAAUCUCUCUACCUCGCACUAUUCCUCCCUACGGAGCCCAGCGCAUCGCCAUCCGGCCAUGUUUGCAGCCCCAGCCACACUGCCUCCGCCACCAACCUUACCAACCAACAGUUUAGUGGUGCCUGGGCACCCAGCCGGCACCCCCUACCCAGAUACCAGCCUGUUGAUAUCAUUCAACCAACCAAUCAUGUAUUGCCAGCCUCAUUCGGGGAUUCUGAUUGGCACAUUGUCACAGGCAACUCUCUUACCACCACCAAUGAGUCCCCACGUAGAAAACCCUCACAGCAUGAGCUGGAGAAACAGAGAAUGCCAGUUUGACAAAUACACACCCAAACUGGACAAUCCAUUCAUCAGACAUUCAAAUUUCUUCCCCUCCUAUCCCCCCACCAUGCCAGGCAUGCCCCCGCUGCUUCCACAAUCAGGACCCUUCAGCUCACUGCAAGGAGCCUUCCAGCCCAAGGCAUCUAACCCCAUUGACGUAGCAGCACGUCCGGGAGCAGUACCUCACACACUCCUGCAGAAGGAUCCACGGAUAACAGACCCAUUCAGGACACCUGUAAGGAAACCUGGCAAGUGGUGUGCAGUGCAUGUCCAGAUCGCAUGGCAGAUCUACCACCACCAGCAGAAAAUGAAGCAAAUGCAGCUGGAUCCCCACAAACUAGACAUGAAUGGGAAGCUGGACUUGUUCAGUCGACCCCCAGCUCCAGGAAUCUUUCCAGGAUUCCCGUACCCUCAUGACCUGGCACGACCCCUCUUCUCUUCCACAGGCUCCGGCCACCCAGCUCCCUCCCCAUAUGGCCCUGCCCCACACCCCAGCGGCUUCCUGCCUCCUAGCCAUUUGGCAGAUCCUUUCAGUCGCUCCAGUUCCUUUGGCGGCCUCGGCAACCUUUCAAGCAGUGCCUUCGGAGGAUUAGGCAACCCCUCGCUUGGGUCCAAUAGUGUGUUUGGCACCAAGGACGGGCCAGGAGGACUGCCCACAUUUGGCAGCCCCCAUCAUGACACCUGGAACAGGCUUCGACGAACCCCACCAUCUUUCCCCACUCCGCCACAGUGGCCCAAAACUGCAGAGGCUGAGAGAAGCAGCUCAGCCAACAGCCAUGAGAGAGAGCGAGAAAGGGAACGGGAACGGGAGAGAGAAAGGGAGAAGGAAAGAGAGAAAAGAGACUCAUCCACUGGGAAAGAGGAGAAAGAUAAAGACAGGGAUUCUGUGGAUCGCAACCGGCACUCCAACCGUUCAUCUCCGGCCUCUGCACCAGUCAGCUACCAGAUCAGCAGCCUGAUUCGAUCAAACAGCCAGAACUCCAGUGAUUCGGGGCGGCAUCACAGUGGCAGCGUAGACCGGAUUCGUGAGGUCGAGAAAGAACUUUUGGAGCGCCACAGAGAGUCCUCCACACUGGCUGAUGUGAAGGUGAAGGAGAGCCGCUCGCCUAGCAAGGAGAUGCUAGAAAGGAGACCCUCCGAAGAUUCCAUCAAACCCACUCAACGUUCUCCUUCUCCAUACUCCAAGGCAGUGAUUAGUGAGCAGGGUAUGAAGAUGGCAGGUGGGCCCCCACCUACCCUCAAGGACGGCGAAAGGAAAGAGCCCCCACCUGCAGAGCUCCUCCACAAGGUGAAAAAUGACAUGAAGAUUAAGGAGGAGAGAAAGGAGGAGCAGGAGGUCAUGGUGGUGAGUUCCGAACCUGCUCCGCAGCUACCAGCCCAAGCUCUUCCUGCUCCCAUUAGCCAACCUGGAAAUCCACACCACCACCACCCACCUUUGUCUCAGCAGCACCCUCUACCCUCACCACGUGGCAGUGACAUCCCAGCACCUGGCCUACAUGGUGUCCCCAUGGCACACUCUCUGCCCCUUUCCAUGAGUGCGAUGCCCCAGAUGGGCAGCCUCAAUGUGCUAGACCGGGCUCGCAUGGCUCCUUUCAUGGCC